UCCUCUCAUUUCAAUAUAAUUUCUCAAUGCUGAUAAUCACAAAAUGUGAUUUGAUGUUAAGAGACAUGAGUCUAUACUUCAACGGAACAUACGAAAAAAAAAAUCCGUGUCAUCACCCAAUGCAGCCGUUUCAAACAACUUCCGCCCGGUACUACCUACACUGCGUACAUAUGCCAAGGCAGCAACAACACAGCCACCGCCUACAAUCCUCCUCCCAUCGGGAUUCCCCACAGACAAGAACAAGACAGACAACCGAACCCCAUUUACAGUUUCCGGCAAACUUCAAAAGUCGUGAUCCGCUAGCCCACGAAACGCAACAAUCUUGUUUAGUUAAGUUCCCUCCGUCCAUCCAUCCAUGUCCCCAAACAAUCUGUACAUCCAGAACACCAAAAGAUCCCCCCUCCCCCUCCCGUCCAAAAAAAAAAGGAAAAAAAGUUAAGAUAUAA